UGGGGACUCCGAGCGGAGGUCCCAGGGCCGGGCUCCUUGGGCCAAGUCAUGGCAGCAGAAGCCACCGGAGCAGCCGCUGUUGCCCCCCGAUCUGGAGCUGGGGGGCUCGAGCCAUGGCAGGCCUUCAGCCCAGCCCAGCACGGCCAGACAAGUCCCCCCCUGCCUCCGGACUGGCACCCGGAGAGGCCCCGGAAGAGGACCAUCCUUCUCCAGGGGCUGGGCGCCUUCCAUAUUUUCAUCGCUAUGCUGCAUGUGGUCCUCGGGACUUCUCUGAUCUCUGCAGCCGAGAGCCUCCACCUGGUGGUGCUGAAGUCCUGGUACCCGUUCUGGGGAGCCGCCUCCUUCCUCUUCACAGGGGUCUCCAUGAUAGCAAUGGAAAUGGUUCCGAAAACCUCCCUGAAGGUGCUGUGCCUGGUAACACACUCCAUGAGCAUCUUCUGCGUGCUGGCCGGCCUCUUUGUCAUUGCCAAGGACCUCUUUCUGGAGAGUUCCUUUGAGUCCCUGGUCUGGAGACUACAGUUCCCCAACAGGACGGUCUACAUCCAGAGGCUGGAGCUGGGCCUGUUCUGCCUCGUCUGCUUGGAGCUCUUCCUGGCGGGGCUCACGGCCGUCAUAGCCUACAGGGACUACCGCCUGUCUGCAAAGAAGGACGACGUGCCCCUUGCUCCUGACAUGUCGCUGGGCUUCGGAGGGCCCCCGCCAUCCUACGAGGACGUGAUUCGAAGUGACACAUGGGCGGAGCAGAGGCAGAGGUGAAGAGGCGCCGGCCCGCCCCCCAGCAUCACAACCCACCCCAUUGCCCCUUCCCCGGGGGGCCGUUACCUACCUGAUGGGGCAAACGAUGCCGUUUCAAGAACUGUCUGACCUGUGCUGGUGGCCUAGGCGGGGCAGUGCCUGUCUCCUCAGGCGCAGAAGGGGCCUCCAGGCCCCCAGCCCCUUCAAGGCCCCUGCACCGGGUUGGCCAGAGCCACCUCAGCUGGUCCACAGCACGACCGGGCCCUCCCCACCCGCCCCGCCAGCUCCUCCGCAUGGCCCGCUCCCACCCUCCACCUUCCCUGUCUGCUCUCCCCAGCCUGCAGUGGGUGCUCGGGGAGCUCGUCCAUGCGGUGCCCUGGCGGCCUGGCCCUCCCCAGGCCCAGGCUCCUCAAGAGUCUCUGGGGGGACGGAACCCCUGGGUGCAGGGUGGAGGCAGCGAGGGUGUUGAGUCAGACAGAAACCACGACCAGUUCUUCCCUCCAAAGUGCCCGUGAGGUUCUCUGCCGCCCUGGGCCUCGGGGUCUCCAACUGCACAGCGAGGGGCAGUGGACACAGCGACCAGCGCCCCCCACUGCACGGCUCUGACGCCAGGCGUCAGUUGAGGUUGCCCGGGAAACUUUUGACCUCAAAACCCCACACCUACUCGUGCUGAGGACGUGAGGUGAGGGAGAGAGACCCGCCUCCCUCGGUCCCCCAACUUCAGACAGUCUUCGCGAUUUGUGUUUAUUCGUUCACUGUGUCACUGUGUCGUAUUCCCUUUCUGUUUCCUUACAUUGAUUUUUUCCUCACAACAUGAUGUUUUAGAGGGAUACUUUGUAUCGGCGCCAAAGAAAGUCAGUAUCUUUCCAUAAAGAGAAGCUAACGACAAAAAUAAUGCAAACAGGAUGGAAAUAAAGGAACAGUGACUUGCCACCCACCUGUGA